AUGAGGGAUUGCUAUAUCGAAGGAAACGUGGACUACAUUUUCGGAAACAGUACGGCUCUCUUUGAACAUUGUCAUCUCCAUUGCAAGCCACCUGGUUUUGUCACCGCCCACAAACGUGGCACUACCGAGGAAACCACCGCUUACGUGUUUCUGAGGUGUGUGUUAACCGGAAACGGAGAGACGGGAUGUUUCGGACCAGGAUCUCAUAGGAAUGAAAGGGUGGCGUGGUCCAAAGAGCUGAACGACCAAGAAGCAGAAGAGUUCCUUGUGCAUAAAUUCAUCGACACCGAUCCAGAAAAAUCUUGGCUUUGUCAGAAAAUGGGCCACAGAGUCCCAGUUAAUGCCUAG